AAAAUAUGUCGCUGGUUUUGUGCUCAGUGAUGUGUGUUCUGUGUGAGUCUGCCUGCGUGCACGUCCGCAAUAAAAGCGAGUGCACCGAGCUGACCACCCGAAGUUGCUUUUGACGACCUCCAUCAAGAAAGAGCCAGCAACCCCACAGUCGUGGUUUUAAUUAUCGUCAGGGCAAUGGUUUCAUCGUUUGUUCCUUUUAGAAUCACACCCAUCUUGCAGUCCGUGCGUAAGAGAGAGUGUGCGUGUGUGUGCGUGUGUGUGCGUGCGCGCGCAUCGAUCAUGUGACUAGCGGAGCUCUGUGACCAGUAUUGAUUCUACGGAAACUGUGGAAUUAUUUUCUCAUUGAGUUAGCGAUAUACUGGAGUAAGUGCCGAACCAGAUACACAACAAAUAAAUAACGAUCCGGGAACGAGAGUAGGGAGAGAGAGAGAGAAAAGAGAAAAUAAAACGUCUUGGUGUUCUUUAUGUAAACCGAAUGAGGCACACGCACUCACACGCACACACACAUAUAAAGGAGAGAGGAGCACCGAACAAGUUGUUUGACCUCGAUCUACAUCGCGAUCGACUUCUUUUUUUUUUUUUUUAAUAUCGUUGUCGACAGCGUGUGCGCGUGGCGACCGCAGUGUUUGACUUCUUUGGGUCGUUUACACAUCUAUACCCCUUCCUAACACACACACACACCCGCUACCUACCCACCCGUCCCCCCGUCCACCCAUCCACCCGUCCACCCGCCCAUAUCAGUGUCGGGUAGAGAGAAGGGCGAUCGAAAGCGCCCUUACCUUGGCCGAAGAGUUAUGCGCUCUCGGUGAAUGACAUCUCGCCAGAAAUCGAAGAACCACGCCCUCCACCUCUCCGCGAGACGCAGGAGUGUCAUCUGUCAUGUUCGCUGGUGGGUGAGACUCGUUCGUCUGCCCGCUCGCUCGGCUUUGACCACUGAUUUGUCGCCAGGGGUCGAGAAAUGAGUUGAAGAGAGGAUCAUCGAGGAGCGCCAAUGCUGAGGACGUUGGCCAGUUGAGUGUCGGUUAACCUCCAGGUUUUGUGGAGGGUUGGAGGUGUUGGGGGGAUAGGGAGAAGAAUGUUACCUGGGAUUACACUUUCAGACCGAGGCAGAGGCAGACCGGUGCUUUGACGGCAGACGACAACCGGCACACCGCAGCUUUGAACAGAUAAGGACUUCUUGGCUUUUUGACUUCUUUCAACUCUUGGCUUAACCCUGGACCAAGACGACUUGCUGUUAGUCACAACCAGAAUGAACAAAUGUGAAUAGAGGUUAUACAUUGUCAUGAGGGUUUGAGAAUAGAGUGGGCACCCGGACUGGUGGCGCCACACCGGCCACCCAACCACCCAGAACCCUGAGUGCCUCCACCUCUUCCAUCGGUUUUAUAAUAACGGUGACCUUUGACUGAACGCAGCUCAGCUGCAGCGCCGUGACGUCGUCAGUGGUUGCGGCAAGCGGUUGAUGACGUGGUCGAUCUGCAGUACCAGAGGACACGAUGUCGUUGUACGACAAGCUGGUGGAAGUGAUCUCCAAGCCCCCAGAAAAGCGGCAGGACUUUGAAGUACAGCCUCUGUUGUCAUGGUUCCGGAAAAGGACACAAAUAUUCGCGGAGCUCAAGACAGAAUUACUCAAAGACAUCGUUCGGAACUGCAAGUUUGGGACAAAGAUGACUGACGACAUGAUCAUCAAACAAGGAGACCCAGGGGACUGUUUCUACGUGGUGCUGUCUGGCAAGGUCUCCAUCUACAUCUUGAACCAGGACCACGAUGAUGAGGAGGAGCGGGCGGAGCUGGCGUCUAUUGUGCAGUACAAGGACGGGAGGCUGGACAGGGAGAAACUCGGAAACUACGUCACCACUCUCGGUGUGGGCUUCUCUUUUGGCGAGGUGGCGCUCAUCGACGAGACGUGCGUGAGGACGGCGUCGAUUGUGGCCGACGAAAGGACGGACCUGGUCAUCGUGGACAAGGCUCUGUACACCAGGUCUGUCAAGGACAUCAUUGCCAAGGAAUUUGAGGACAAGCGGGACUUCAUCGCCCGGAGCAAGCUCUUCUCGUCCUGGGCACCCAAGUACCGCAAGCAGCUGGCCAUGGCGCUGUACAAGGAGGUGUGGCCUUACGAGAGUACGUUGGUCCGCCAGAGCGAGGACGUCGAGUUCAUGUACUUCAUUCUGCAGGGACAGGUGGAGAUCCAGGUAGACCCGUCAAGUCAUCCCGCCCAGUAUCCCAAGAUCUUUGCCGCUGCCCGUCAGAACGAAGUGGAGAAGUUGAUUAAGAGGACCGACAAGCCACGACCGCAGCCAUCUGAACUGCACUUCAGCAACAGCAUCAAGAAACGAGACAACUUCAGAAGCAUCCGCCUUUGCUACCUCGGGAUAAACGAAAGAAUAGGUGACACGGAAAUGACGAUGGAAUUGCAGACGUACAUGCAGACGGCAGUGUGCAAGGAGCAGACGGACGUGUUGGUGCUGGAGCGGAAGCACUACGACCGUCUGUUCGUCAAGCGCCACCAGCGCACCAUCGAGGCCAUGCGACAGGAGAUCGGCGUCAAGCUGACCGCCCGCACGGCGCUGCUGUCCUGCAAGGAGGACAUCGACUUCUUCGGCUACCUGGCCAAGAUCAUCGACGCCCUGAGUCGCCCACACCCUCCGCCCGCCCAGGAGCGCCUGGAACGUUCGGUGUCGGACGCCGAGAAGGAGUUCCUGAACCACAAGGGUCCGUUGAUCGACCUUCACGGCCCCGGCAGCGUCUUCUACCUCAUCAAGGUGCGCGAGGAGACGAAGCAGAGAGUUCGCUUCAACAAGCGCGAACGAGGGCCGGAACGUCAGAACGCGCUGAGGCACGUGACUGCUGGCGUCAUCGCGGCAGCGCAGCAGCUGAUGAACGGAGGAGGAGGUGGUGGGGCCGGCGAACACGAUGGGCGACCGAUGAGUGCGAGGGGUGAAAGGUCACUGGCCAAGCCACGGUCUUUCCGGGACAUACGUAGCGCACACAGGACCCAGUGUUUCUUCCAGGCAUCGUCAGACACCUCGCCAUCGGCACCGGAAACAGACGAACCUGGUGACGCAGCCUCCGAUUGGUACUCGGGUAGCCAUAGCAACGGGCUGAGCGUCGAAAACCCCGAGGAGGAGGACGACGCCAGACUGAGUUUCCUGGAGGAGCGCAUCCGAGCGUGGCUAAGGAAGGACAAUCCACGGGCAGGACCACAGGUGGCGCAGCUGAGGCGACUGACGGCGCAGGACAUGGACUCGCAGCCUCGUCCUGGCAACAAGGUGGUCAUCCGAAGAAGACGACGAGUGCCUGACACCGCUAGUCUGGACGGUACCCCGCGACCCAGGAAGGACGACAGCCGGACAGAACAGUACAAGAUCCUCCUGGCCAAGUCAUGACGCGCAGGUCAUGUUAGUGACAUGUCGUGACAUCUCCAUGACCUCAGCGGCCUCGUGGCUCAUUAAGCUCAUACCGUUCGCUCAUCGUCAACUUGUCAUCUCGUUCCUGCGUCACAUUGGACAUCAGCAUCUGACGUUACAACUGAUAUCCGCCUCAGCCUCUCAUUACAGCUGCUAUGCAAGCAAUGAUGUGGAAUUACCGACACGUCACAUAAGAAAGGACUGCAAUGGGUCACCGAGUACACCAUGUCAGUGGGUCUGAGGACGAGUCUAGUGGCCUUGCCUUCUCUUGGAUCACGCAUUUGUAUUCACAAUGACAGCGGCCUUACAGGCUUUGGGCAAUACUUUCUUACGAGUCAUUUACUCUAGUUUUUAUGGGUCUGAGGGAAGCGUCCUGAGGACAUUAUAUACAGGGUACGCAGACACGUGGCAUUAAGGCUAAGAUGAGUUAAAAGCUCGGUACAAACAUAUGAACUAAUGUGUACUGUCACUUAGUGAAGAGAGUGGUUACGCUAUAAUUAGUCAAGACGAUCACGUGACCCCGUCAUUCUACUAUCUGCUCAUGGUCGACUCAAAGCCAUGAGUAAAUUCAACGUAUUGUAAAUGUCCGCCUUUGAGAGUAUCCGAAUGUGAAUGUUCCAGGUGAUGGAGAUGUUCUGUCUUUGCACGUGUGUGUUUGUGCGUGAGAGUGUUUGAGGGCUUGUGAAGACCUGUCUGUUCGUAUGUGAUUUUUGUCUUGGCUUGUAUUCACGAAGGACGUUUAUCUCACCUGUUAGUCUGGGAUGAGUUCAUCUGCUGCCUGUAAACAGCGUCUAAAACAUCCCCUUGGUUAGACCUACCCAACCCUCCCUAACCCUCCCUUCUAGCGGGUAUUGUAUGGGAUGAGGCCCAAGCCUACCUAAGCUCCUAUUCACGAAGCCCGUUUACCCAACUUCUUAGUUACCUCGGUUGGGUAACUGCCUCCUGCAGGUAGCCACUAAAAUUCUGUUUCCAUGGCCACUUGGUACAAACCUCCUUCCAAGUGGGGGUCUAUGGAACGAUCUGGCCUGGUGGGUAUCGUGUUUGAGCUAAUACAUCAGAAACGAACAGAAUUUUUCGUGACUGGAAAAAUAUAAUGGUACAAGUGUUAAGUAAGUAUGGUUUCUGCUGACUAGCCUGACUUCAUACUCUCAGAUUAACAGAAGCCAUAAAAAAACGAAAUAGAAUAUCUCCGUCGAUAUUUGGUUCUUCGAUUUUUUUUUCUCCCGACACUGAAUUAGAUCAUUCACACCUUUUGUUUUCUUUCUUCCCUGCAUGUAGGCUGGUACCAGAUUCUCCCACCUCGUAUAGAUUAACAGGUUAUGUGAACAUUCUUCAUGAAUACUAGCUCCGGAUAAAAAACGAAAAACAAUUUUCAAUGACUGUGAUACGAUGUCAUUUAUCGUAACGAUUUCGUUACUGCGGUGAUACGCAAUAAAUACAUAUUCGCAUUUA